UAACAAAUGCUUGGCUUAAGUUGUAACCUCAUGAUGACGCUUGACGCUAGCUUUCAGCGUCAAACUAUAGCUCCACCUAGCUGAAAUGAAUAAAAACACGUGCAGCGUCAAACGCCAGCGUCAAAUUAAAAAAAUCAGCGGCAAAAAAAUGUAUAAAUAUCGAAAGUCGAUAUCUCGAGGUAUACCUCGAAGCUAGUCCUUAACCUAAUUUUUAUAAUAACACAUGGUAAUUGUAAACAAAUAACUUAUGACAACAAUAAAUGUUAAACAUUAAUGAAAUAAUUACAUCAAAUUUAAGUAACUUAUCAAAAUUUCAAUGGCAGGUGAAUAUGAUUAUCAAUUGUGGAUUUAUCAGUGUCAAAAAAUAAUCCGUGAAGCAGAAAUAAAAAAAAAAAAUUAGGCGCAAAAGGAUUAUUAGUGCUUUAUUAUGCAAUGAACUAGUUAUACAAAAUUGUAGAAAAAAAUAUACACAAAAAAAAUUUUGGAUUCAUCCUUUAUUCAAAUUACGGCGAGAUUAUGGAUUUUUUGAGGCCAUAUUCCCAACUCUUUCUUCGUAUUCUGAAAAGAUUGAAAAUUACAUCCGAAUGACAGCAGUCCAAUUUGAAGAGCUUCUAUGUUUAGUUGGCCCGAAAAUAUCAAAACAAAAAGUUGUAAGAGAGCCUAUUUCAGCUCCAGCACGACUAGCUAUGACUUUGCGAUUUCUAGCAACUGGUGACUCAAUGUCAACGAUGUCGUAACAGUAUUUAGUUGGGUUAACAACAACAGCAAAUAUAAUUGUCGAAACUUGUCAAGCUCUAUGGAGUUGUCUUAAAGAAAAAGUAUUACCGUAUCCUUUGACUGAAUCUCAUUGGCUGAAAAUUGCUGAUGAAUUCGAAAAGCAAUGGCAAUUUCCACAUUGCAUUGGAGCUAUCGAUGGGAAACAUAUACACAUACAGUGUCCUGAUAAUGCAGGUUCUUCAUAUUACAAUUAUAAAAAUAGUCACAGCAUUGUAUUGAUGGCAGUUUGUGAUGCUAAUUAUUUGUUUACUCUCGUUGACAUUGGUGCUUACGGUAGAAGAAGUGAUGGAGGGAUUUUCCGGAGCUCAGCAAUGGGUCAGAAGUUUGAGAAUAGUGACAUGAACAUACCAAAAGCAGACUUACUAACUGUAGAUGGAAUACCUCAACCAUAUGUUCUUGUGGGAGACGAGGCGUUUCAAUUGACAAACUAUUUACUUCGACCAUAUCCUGGUAGAAGUGGUUUGAAUAAAGAAAAAAGUAUAUAUAAUUAUCGUCUCAGUCGAGCACGCAGAACUAUUGAAAAUUCAUUCGGGAUCAUAGUGAGUUUAUGGAGAAUUCUAAAAAAACCAAUUGAUGCUACAGUUGAGAAUACAAUCGAUAUGAUUCAAGCAAUCAUAUGUUUGCAUAAUUGGCUUCGCAAGCAUGACAAAGAUGAUGUUUACAUUCCACCUAACUUAGUAAUUGAUCAAGAACGCCCUGAUGGUAUAAUUUCUAGAGAUUUGAGGCAUGAAGUUAACGAUUCUGCUCUCAAAGACACAACAGCUUAUGGCAAUAAUUUCAGUAGCAGAUCUGCAGUAGCUGUUCAAGAUGAAUUUUGUGAAUACUUUAAUGCCGAAGGAGCUGUUCCCUGGCAAUAUAAUCGUAAAGUUUAAAUUGUAAUAAUUUUUUUAAUACCGUCAAAAAUCUAUUAAAAUCGCCUUGUAUUUAAAUUGUAAAUAUAUUGUG